UCGAAGUGUUCCGGACGAAAACAAAGAGGAAGAAGAAAAGGUCUGUUUGUCCAAAUUGGGAGGAACCAACCAAUAAAUCUCGUUUACUUCUCCACCAGGAAGCUUCCAUCAAUGGCGGACUUCAAUUACGCCUUCAUCUCUCUGGUUCUUCUUCUUCCUCUUGCACUACUCAUUUUCCUAUACCUAAUUGUUCGUCCUCGCUCCGUUAAAAUUCCUUUGAAGAAUCGCCAUGUCUUCAUUACCGGCGGAUCGAGCGGAAUCGGGCUUGCGUUGGCCCACCAGGCCGCAUCGGAGGGCGCGCGAGUCUCCAUUCUUGCGCGCUCUCUCAAGAAGCUCGAGGAAGCGAAGGACGCAAUCGGACUCUCCACUGGUAUUGAUGUGGCGGUCUUCGCUGCCGAUGUUCGAGAUUACGAUGCUAUUUCCAAGGCUGUAGAUGAAGCCGGGCCGAUUGACGUUCUUGUUGUGAAUCAAGGCGUGUUCGUACCUCAGGAGCUGGCAGAGCAAGAUAUGGAUGAGGUGAAAUUCAUGUUAGAUGUUAAUUUGUUGGGCGCAUUUCACAUGAUUAAGGCUGCCCUGCCUACAAUGAAGACUAGAGUAGACCGUCGACCCGCCUCGAUCGCUCUCAUGUCUUCUCAGGCCGGUCAGGUGGGUGUUUAUGGCUACACGGCGUAUUCAGCUAGUAAGUUUGGGCUUCGUGGUUUGGCAGAAGCCUUGCAACAGGAGGUUAUAGGAGAUAACAUACAUAUUUCUCUUAUAUUUCCUCCAGACACUGACACUCCUGGACUAGUAGAAGAGGAAAAGAGAAGGCCUGAAUUGACCAAUAUCAUUGCCGCUGGAGGAGGCAGGAUGAAAGCUGAGUUAGUUGCCAAAAAAGCUUUGAAUGGCAUUAAAUCUGGUAGCUUUAUAAUUCCCUGCAACUUUGAAGGAGCAUUAUUGUCCGUAGCAACUGCUGGCUUAUCUCCUCAGAGAUCUUGCUUGAUGGCUUUCCUUGAAGUUGUUACUGCUGGGAUAAUAAGGAUUGUGGGCUUGUGUUUUCAAUGGGUUUGGUAUGAUAGUAUUCAAAAAUGGCAUGCACAGAAAAAAAGAAUCUAGAAGAUACGGCUGGUUUUUUCACAACAAUUUCUUUCAUUUAUGGUUAUUAGCUCCAAGUUCUCUCCUCCAAAUUCUGAAACAACUGGAAGUAAAGGCUCGAGCCCGCUCUGAUAAGUCGAACACUAGUUCAAUAUUUGGUAGGCAAAAGGUCAGGGAUGACAGAUUCAGUAGCAGUUCUCUCUCUUCCCCCCAGUUUGACAGUAAGGCUUUCACGGUUGUUUACUCUUUUUCUCUCAUGUUUUUUUAAGGUAGAUCAGCAGCUGUAGGAACUGGAUUUUCAUCCCAUCUUGUUAGGGUAUCUUUUCUUACUGUAUGCCAUAGGGGGAAGUUGAAUUAAGUUUCAAGAACAUAAUUUGAUCAAGUUUAGACCUUUAUGAGAGCUUUAUCUUACUACAAACGGCAGAAAAAGAGAUUUUUCUUAGCAAAUUAGUUGUGUUAUUUGACAAUUAGGCGUACGCCAACGCCACUGCAAAAACCAUAUCGAGUCUAUUACAAUUCUUGCUUGCUUCUUUUAAUUUGACAGGAAGCAGCUGGAGAUGGAGGGAUUCUAUGUAUUGACUAUUCUGACAUCUUAUUUCUAAUACCAAUUUCAUAGUUAAAUGUUAAAUGAAAAGUGGGGACUUGGGAAAUAAUAAGUCUUCUAAAUUCAGCCCCUAUAUGAACAUGGGCUGAAAUCUAAUCUCAUUCAACCAUGAUAGCUUGACCUUCGUAAAGACAAGUUAGGAUUAUGCUGUGUACCUUUACGAAGGAACUGCCAUUGUUUUUUUUUUUUUUUUUUACAGGAAAGCAUGCAUCAGAGCCCUUCAGUUAUGUCUGAUAGCCCGUACGUGGGGAUCGACAAGUUUCUCUCUAUUAUUGUCUAUACGUGCAAUGCCCCGCCGCUCGCAGAAGCAAGACGGCGGUUGCUUCACCACCGGCGCCGGGAACUCUCCAUUACGACCCGACUCCCCAUUUCUCUUACACCCUCAUCUUCUUCAUCUCCUCUUUCCUCCUUAAUAACCCAUCCUGUAUUGCGUAGGCGCGGCAUUCCAUUUCCAAUGGCCGCAACGCUUCUUCCGUCUACCAAAAUUCCUCCCCCUUGGCUGCCCGUCUCAUCUGAACGCCGCUAUCCAAUUUAUUUACCAAAACUUAUCAAUAACAAUGGACCCAUAUGCUCCACCCCCAAAUUUAGGCCUCCGAAA